AUGACAUGCAAAAGUUCAAAGACAAAACGAUUUGCGGUUUCUGCGAUUACAGUUGCAGAAUGUCAAAGAUCGUAUAUCCGCCCAUGCCAAGUAGAAAUAACGAAAAAUAGCGAGAAAAGAACGCAAGGAAUCGUAAAGAAGAGUCAUAAUUAUGCUCAUAAUAUGCAAGUCUGUACUAUGUUAAGGCCGCAAAAGCGAUGGUCGAGGUCUCAGAUAUUGUUGAUUCUCGACGAAAAAAGUCAAACACCGUUCAACGCAGAAGCGACGUACAAAAAUUAA